CAUUUACUUGACUCACUGCGCGUACCGGCAAAUCGAGCCGGUAUUUUACAGCGUGGCUUGGCGGAUUAGUCGCUGCCGGACUGUGUACGUUAAAAGACGUCGACGUCCUCCGUAAAUCUAUUUACAUUAAGCAUGUAUACACAGUUGAUCACUGAAAGGAAGAAGAGUCAAUUUGUUGUUAAUUAUUGUGUUUCUAUAUCACUUAUUGUUGUUAAUUUUGUGUGGCACACGCCGUGCGUGAGAAAAAAACUGAGAAAUUAAUUACUUGAGCGUGGAGAGAAGGAAAAGUGCUUUAUUGUUGAUACCUCUAAUUUUUAAAUUUAAGCUGCCGUCUUGGCGGGAGCCUCCAGCCAGGGCACCUUUUGUGAUAUUAGUAUAGUAACCUAGGAAUUUAAGAUGUUAAAGACGGACGUAAAGACGAUGUCCGACUCUUUGGACGAAUGCCUAGCCGAUAUCGCCGAUAUCGAUUUGGAUUAUUUGUACUGCUCCGCCGAGCAGUUGCUGUCGGAGGACAUUUGGAAAAAGUUCGAGUUCGACAUGCCCGUCGUCGAGUUGGAUGACAUUUUCUCGGCGCUCGACGCCUCCGUGCCCGAUAUCUUCUCGGACUCCUCCAACGAUGAUCUAUGCGAGAUCCGCAAUCACGACUGCAUGUGGGCCGGCCACUGCGGCAGUAAGGAGCAUCCAGCGGACGAACUCAAAAAACUACUUCCUCAGCCGACCUUGGUCGGGAUUAUACCGCCAGCUGGCGUUCAACCGAAAACACCUGCCGUCAAACAACAGACCAUCGCCGCCGGCCGCAGCGUGUUACUUAAGCCGAUAGUAAAGACACCCGCCGCCCCCGUCCUUCCCAGCCCAGAAUCGCCACCCAUUUCCGACGAUGAAGAUCCGUCGCAAACCUCCACCUUGAAAAUGCUAAACGACGCAAUUAACGAAUGCGAUCUUGAGGAGGACAGUGACCUAUGCGAGUACUUCGAAGAGGGUGAGGACAUCGCAGAGGAGCCGGAGCCCGACGUCAAAGUCGAAGACCCCCAGCCGAAACCGCACUUCGCCAUCGAAAGCGACCACAGCUACCACGAUCACAGUUAUCACAAGGACAAGAACGCAUCGAUGCGUAUCACCAACCUUGGCAUCGACACCCCAUCCGACUCAGAGGAGGAAAUCGACGUGGUCUCGAUCAACGAGAAGCAGAACAUGUGCAUCGGCCGGACGAGCUUCGCCCUGCCGACCAAUCCGUCGAGUCGCGACAAGCAGCAGCUCCAACGCAAGGUCGCCUCGGCGAUCACCGGCAAGCACAUAACGACGAAACACGGACUCAAAAUGAUACCUGCCGUGCGCAAGUGCACGAGCAUGUCGAAGAAGCGGCUGUCGGAGACGGCGCGCGGCGUCAAACGGACGAAACAGCACUACAUGACGUCGCCGUACAAACGGCGGAACGUCUCCCAACAGGCGAACAACAGCAGCGACAGCGAGCCCGAGCUCGAGAAGCGAAGUCUGCACAACAACAUGGAACGACAGCGCAGGAUAGACCUGCGCAACUCGUUCGAGGACCUCCGGAUGCUCGUGCCGGAGGUGAGCUCGCGAGAGCGCGCCGCCAAGGUGGUCAUACUGAGGGAGGCCGCCCUGUACUGCGAUCACCUCGGCGACGCCUCCGAAAGUAUGCAAAGGAAGGUGGUGGAGCUGCGCAGGCGGCAGGAGCAGCUGCGGGCGCGCGUGUCCCAGCUCCGAAAGAACCUGGCGGCGAAACGCUAAUCGGUGCAUAUCUUAUCGGUUUCGUUCGGCUUUUGUGUUCACGUAAGUCAUGCAAUUAUGAUUUGCACCAAACUCUAAUAAAAUGAUAGUACUGUGAUUUAUAUAUGUUGAGUUAUACAGGGUGUCGGAUUACUCAUCCUGUAUAUAGAAU